UGGCCCUUGAGUGCCACGGCGGCCGGCAAAGGGGUCGCGCUCGCAGACUCUGCAGCUCCUCGACCUCAGUCUCUUGGCUCGCUGACUUGGCUGAAGGAACUUCUUUUCUCGCUCUCUUUUGCAUUUUUUUCGCAAUCGCACCGAGCGUACUGUUGUUUGUAAUUCUUCUUGACAGUACAAAUAGAAGACAUUUAGAACGAAGAAAUAUAAGAAAGUUUAGACAUGAUUUGAAGUGACAGAGAAACAAAAAAGACACACGUCGGAAGAACAAAGUGGCAAGGAGUCACAGUGAUCUACAUACAUCGUGAAAUCGUCGAAAUUAAAAGUAGUCGGCAAAGAACAAGACAUUAAUGCAAGAUGGCGACAUUCCCUGAAAAGAAGACAAGCCAUUCGACGCAACGCCAGUCUUGGUGGAUAAGCCUGGCUGUAGUGAUUUUCGUCAGCCUGCCUGCAACGCCCAGCGCACAAGGCUUACAAGACUUUUCGCAGCUCCGGGCCACCGUCAGCAGCCACACGCAGUCGCUACUCAAUCUGCGCGAAUAUCAGACUUUAACCGACAAGAUAUGGCAAUGGUACCAAGAUAUUCAGAAAGGCAAAGAGAAGGAUCUGGUCCCGAGCAGCAGCAACGCCGGUCAUUCUCGACUCCCGGAAGCGAGUGCCCAACAUCAGGACCUUCAAGAACAGCUGCUUUCCUUGCAGAAACAGUUCGAAGCGCGUUUCGACUCCCAGAAGUUCGAAACACAGCUUCUCAAAGAGGAACUCGAGUCUCAGAAACUCAUAGCCCGACGACUCCGACACGACCUCAUCACGCAGAAGGAGGUCGUGGCCCGUUUGGAGGACGACUUCUCCAAGAGUACGUGGCGCCUGGAAGAGCAGCUGGGAGAGGUGUCGGGGCAGCUGGAGCGCGAAAGAAAUGCUACUCAGACGCUCAGGCACCGGCUGAACACGGCCGUCGCGGAGAGGUUGACGACCGAAGCGAGGGCCACCGCGGAGCUGGACGAGAAGGUGGGUCAAGAAGGGUCACGCGAUAAACUUGGAGAUCUGUUGAUGUUCGUAAAGAAUGUUGUCGUGAGUGCCAACCGGAGCCUGGAUGACCUGCAUGCUGAGGUCAAGAGGUUGAGAGACGACCAGAUAAAAACACUGGCAUCAGAUAUGGCAUCACUGUUCGCUAAACACGAGGGCGAUAGUCGCACUCUGAACGUGCACCUGAGAGAUCUGAAGCAGGAAGUCCGAGCGUUGAAUCAGAGCUCCUCCAGCGGUAACGAGGAGCAGCUGGAGCGUCGACUGGGUUCGUUCGACCAGAGAAUAACCAACCUGAGUACGCUGGACGCGCGUCUGGCCGGGCAGGUGAGCAGGCUCGAUGGAAGAACGCAGGGACUUCAGAGUUCGGUGGACGACGCGAGACGGCGCUUGGACGACAUGGACACGGCUGUGUUCGGCCUCAGACAGGCGGGUAACGUGGCCGAAGAGCUCGCUAGGCUGCGGGAAUCGGACCGGAAUCUGGAGGGCCGGCUCAACGUCGCUCUCCAGGACUUUAAGAGGAGAAUUACGUAUCUGGAGCAGCGCGCAGAGAGGGCGGACGUCGGGGAAAUCAGCGAGGCUUGGCGCCCCGCUGAUGUCACGGCAUACGCCGGGGCGCAAGGUUACUCCUGGGCGGGAGCAUCCGCGAAUGACUACUACGGAGCACGGGUCUUGUCGGGCACCACUGGCGCUCCUGGGGCCAGAGGGAACCCAGGGACUCCGGGAGAAAGAGGAGCUCCCGGGGAAAGAGGAGCUCCAGGGGAAAGGGGGGCUCCGGGGAGACCGGGAGAUGCAGGAAACAGAGGCAACGCUGGAGCCCCCGGUGGAAGGGGAGCGCAAGGACCACGCGGGGCUCCAGGCGGAAGAGGAGCUCCAGGUGAGAGAGGGGCUCCAGGCGGCAGGGGAGCCCCAGGAGAGAGGGGCGCUCCAGGGGACAGAGGUGCUCCAGGUGAGAGAGGGGCUCCAGGCGGCAGAGGAGCCCCGGGCGAGAGGGGCGCUCCAGGGGACAGAGGAGCUCCUGGAGGCAGAGGAGCCCCUGGUGGCCAAGGCGCCCCUGGAGGCAGAGGAGCCCCUGGUGGCCAAGGCGCCCCUGGUGGCCAAGGCGCCCCUGGUGGCCAAGGCGCCCCUGGUGAGCCAGGGGCGUCCGGAGAGUCGGGCUGGAGAGGCAUUCCGGGGACGGCGGGCCGGCCCGGCGCGCGAGGCAGGCAGGGCGCGCGUGGGAGAACGGGUUCCCGAGGGUCGCUGGGAGCCCGGGGGAGUCAAGGAGCCGCGGGGGAGCCAGGAUAUCCAGGUUCCCCAGGGGAGAGGGGCUACCCUGGGCCUGCUGGCUAACGCGCUAAGGUGACACCCAGCUCCUUGGCCACACUGCCUGCGUCGUGUCCUAAUUUGUGUGAUGUCCUAGUCUACAUGGUGUCCUGAUAUGCGUGAUGUCUUGUCUGUGUGAUGCUCUAAGCUGAGCGAUGUUAGUCUGCGAUGUCCUUACCUGUGUGAUGUACUAGUCUGCGGGAUGUCCUGAUUUGUGUGAUGUCCUUAUCAAUGUGAUGCCCUGAUAUGCCUGAUGUCUUGGUCUGAGUGAUGUCAUUUUCUAUGUAAUGUCCUAGUCUUUGUGAUGUCCGAAUCCAACGAGUUAUGUGAACAUGCUCUGUAAAUAAGUGAAGUCCUUAUUAAUGUA